AUGUACCAAAACAACGCUAGCCCAAAUCAACCUCCGCAACAACCACAACAGCGAUGGAUACAACCAUCCAUACCACAACAAGCUUCUUCUUCCAAAGAUGAUAAAUCAUAUUCCCAACAACCUUCUUCUACCUUGCAACCAACAAUUUCGCCGACAAGUUUCAUCGGGAAUAGCCUCCGAGCAAGCACUUUGUUAAUGGCUCAAAAUGAUUCUCAUCCAUUGUUUCCUGUGUUUGAUGCAAACUUGUAUCCUGGGCAAGAGGAAACAUCCUUGGCUCAUCAACCAAGGAGCAUGGUACCACAGCGAACGACGACAUUACUCAACCACGAUCAUCACCAGGAUUUGGGUUAUCUUUCUCAACAGCAACAUUUAUCAUCAGCAAGUAAUGCUCUUAUGGAUCAUCCACCAUCAUCAAAAGCGACGCAAUAUGUGUCACCACCUUCAUCUGUGAGUGGUGUUGACUCGGACGGAUUAACAAAUCUUCGACCGACAACUAGCCUCCCAAUUCCAGAUCAAUAUUUGGCUUCAAAUUUAAUUGUGAGGGAACAAAAUUCUCAGGCAACCCAAACAACAACGCCACAAUAUGCUCCGCAUUCCAAAGCCGACACCUCUUGCUUGUUAUGCAAAAUACGACAUCGAAAAUGUGACUAUUUAUUUCCAUGCUGUUCUAAUUGUGUAAAAGAAAAUAGAUCUUUUUGCCUGUAUGCUAAGAGACAAUGCCAAAUAUCUCAUUCAUCGUCAACAAUGACAUCAUCGCCGUUUUUGCUGAGUGAGACAGAAGCAGAAUCCAUUUCAUCGCUCCUCCCUAAAGACAAUAUUGAAUCCAUCUGCAAAACAAUUUAUAAUAAUAUCUCAAGUAUCAAAAGUAGCCAAGAAAUUACUAACAAACUAUCAUAUGAUGUUUUCCUGAAAAUUAUUUUGAAAGUUUUACCCACCACAGACAAAGAACAAAUUCUACAAUUCAUGAGAGUUUCGUUAUUGCCUCAGACCGAAAAAUUUGUUGGAAGUUUGGAAUACUUUUACAAAUAUUUUCACGUUCUUGGAGAAAAUGAUUGCUCGUUUAUUUGGACUUGCCAGGCAAUGUGUUUUCAACGGAUUAAUGAAUUUGCCUUAGCUAAAACGCAAUACGAGAAGGCACGAUCGAGAAUGGCAAUUGUUUUUGAUAAUGUUUCAGAUUUUAACACUAUGUUAACCUAUUCCUGGUUGGCCAUUUAUCUAAUUGGAGCUGGUGAGCGACAGAAAGCAGAAUAUAUUUUGAAUAAUGUAAAAUUUUAUGUGAAGGAAUUUCAUCCUGAAGCAGAACGUGCUCAUUGUCUUUUGCGAACCGUAUUACUGUCAGAAUCCUUUUUGCGAAGUAAUUAUCUAGAUGAACUACUAGAGAGUUAUGAAACAGUUCUUACUUUUUUCACACCAAAAGAAACGAUCAACUAUAGCUUGUCAAAAGAUGCUGUGGAAAACGUUUCAAAAUAUGUAAUAAGUUCCAAUGAAAAAAUGUUUCAAGUCCAAAAACCAACCAAAACAAAUCGUGAAACAUCUUCUCUCAAGCAGCAGUUAUCGAAACUGAAAGAAGUUUUUGAAUAUAAUAAGGACAAACAAGAUUAUCAAGAUUUGCCUUUAGGUUUUCAUCAACUCAUUGACUCGUUAUCAUCAAGUUCUAGUAGUGACGGAGGGGAUGAGCUGAAUUCAGAAAGGCAAGUUCCUGAAUGUACUACUGAAAACGUGGAACAUACAAUUAAGCAAAUUAGCGUUGCUGUAGAGAAUAUCAAAACAAUAUUUGGACCCAGCGACUUUGUCGGAAAUACAUUCAUGACCAUGCUCUAUUCCAUUGUGAUUUUGAAAAAACACAAAUCAUUCAAGGGGGAAAUAUCGCUGGAGGCUAUCAAGUAUGCAGAUUUAAUAUCCAAAUCGACACAAUUUGAAGAUUUCAAGUACUCGUCGUACGGUGUUGCAGUUCCCAUCUCUCUAGCGUGUCGGGUUCAUGUGCAAUGCUUAAAGAAUAUUCUUUCUUCAGUCUCGUUAAUCAUUACUGAAUAUGCAGAUCGAUUAUUGACAUUCAUUGACAUGGAUUACCGUUCACUUGAUAUGCUUGCCCGGCGCUUUCCACUCGUCGAUCAGAAAUACAGAACUCUCUUAAAGGAUGCUGCACUCACUGUGGAGAGAUUUCAAAUGAUGAGACUGAAUGAACCUUCUCGAUUCGUAACGCUCGAAUACAUUUCCCAAAACUUAGCUCUGUAG